AUGCAGGUCGAUUCAUUACGAUGCUUCAGCUUCUUACUGUGCUUAAUAGGUGUUUUGGGUAGUCAUUUAAUAGAUUUUCAAUCAUCUGGGGAUUAUUAUAAAUGCCUCGAUUUUAAAAAACCCGAAGCUGAUCUCAUUGGAACUGUCAAAAGUACAAUCGGAAGUAGAGUUCAGAAUCUACCUGCGUCACAAAUUAAAGUUAUUCGAGGAUUUAGAGGUGAGCGAGUUCCACUACGCUGUCAACCUACACAAAGGAAAUCGAAGUUCUAUUGGUUUCUUAGUGACAGUAUUCCGACUGGACCAGGAUUUAAAACCGAGUAUCUUAUACCUUUACCUACUAGCCGUUGUUUUCAACGCAAGCACUUUGGGUAUUCAACCCUGGGAGUUGACGUUUUAACCGUCCUCGUUCAACAACAAACAGUGGGGUGGUUUACAUGUAUAGAGAGCAUAAGUGGAACUCGGUUCGUUCAACGAGAGAUCUUUCUAAUUCUUCUAGCUCAGCCAGCUAAUGUUACUCUUCAACUUGACCUUGUUGGCCGAUCGUCGGUUAAUUGUGAGACCGCAAGGAGCAAACUAUCUGAUCGCUAUAUCUCAUUUGAUAGAAAAGGAGUUUCUAUCACAUAUCAAUCAAAAAAGUCUGUUUGCGCUGAUGAGACCAAUAAAUGGCACUGCUUGAAAUUUAUCGGUGACUUUAAAGGUUUCGAAUGGAGGGACAAGGCGCUCAAUAUUUCAAGUUCAGGAUUUAUCCCCACUGGUCCUCUAGGACCAUUUAAUCGAUUAAGGUUCGGGAAUGUUCGAAUUGGGUUCAGAGUAAAUUUCAUUCGUCUGAGCGGCUCACAGGGAACGACAUUGAGAGACCUUGAAAUCAACUCCAAGCAUUUAUGUCUAGAAGCACAAAAUGUUGGACAGAAAUUUGAUUGGAUGAUUCUGGAUGCUUAUAUGGGCUAUGCAGAAUUGGCUGGAGGCUAUAGAAUACCAAUCGCAUUUGGAACUUCGUUCAGUGAUCUUGACAUGAUAGAUGGAAUUCAGAUAGAGAGUGAAGACGGAAAGUCAGUUGGAACGGUCGUUCUACAGCAAGCAGUAUAUCCUGAGUCCAUAAUCGAUAGAUUAUCACAUUUUGAUAACAAGAACUCGGAGUCCAUGAUAAAAUACCAGAAACCGAAUGCCUGCGGUGCUCCCUUAAAAGCCUCGAACGGCGGUUAUUUGACAGCCACGUUUACCCAACUCUGCCACAGUUCUCCAACUAUCUUGACUGCCUUUGUGGUUGAUAAUGUCGCAAAACUCCAACGCCAAAGCACCCGGUUGGUAUUUAUUCAUAUUGACGCUGUUGUUGGAACGGAGAAUCGGAAUGAUCAGAUGCUGGUUAUUCGACUGAAUGGCCGAUCAUUGGAUGGUGGAUUUGCAAUUAAAACAACGGAGGUGAUGCGGAUUACGUGGGAAAAAGACAAGCUUAAUUUUAAUCCACCCGAUGGUAAAACUAGUUCUGUGGACUUGAGAAUGCCCAGAGAAAAUUCAAGGAAUGCAAUUGGUGGACGACUUACUGUGACUAUUAGUGACGAAGGAACAGUUGCCCAUUUCUCAUUUACUCUCGGUUCGUCAGCACGACCCACUCUCUCAAAGAGGUUACUACUGCCCACCCACAUUGACAAUGGACUUGAACUGAUUGCAGAGGUACCAACGUCAAGAGCCUGUGAUGUGUGCUACCUUACGGUAACCAUCGAUCGUCGAAGUGUUACAUCCAUUCCACAUAAAUGGCCACCCAAAAAUCCGAAUCCCCAGCCAGUACUAGCACCAAUCAAUUAUGGAGUUGAACCAAUCAAGAAGUCGGCUGGAAAUGAGCCAAACUUUGUUGCCCACCGCAGUUUCACCCUCCGAUGGAGCGAAUCAAAUCUCACAGAUUCGAGAGAGGACUUUCGUAAUUGGUUAACAAGAAUGCAGGCAUUAGCAGCACCCAACGACGUCACUAUAAUCUAUAAGAAUUCGUGGCCUGUGUGUCCCAUUGGCCAUCAUCUUGUGAUUUCCAAUCCUCCGCAUUGCGCCCCAUGUCCACCAGGAUCAUAUGCUGUGCCUUACAGAGGAGUUGGAGGGGCAAGAUAUGAAAUUUUAGUGCAAGAACAGACCUGGACACAGCCUUCCACGACAGUCUGCGUUGCCUGUCCAAAAGGAUCUUAUCAGACGGAAGCGGGUAGAACUAACUGCACCGAAUGCUCUCAAACUUAUGCAAGUGCUUUGAAUUUUCUCUUCCAAUUAACUGCUCUUGCAUUUCCAGCAAACUUAUAUACCGGAAGAAAGCAUAAGCAUAUUAAGGCUCUUUUGAUUAUCAUUUUUGAGCUUAUCGCAGUCAAUAAUAGGCUUACUUGA